AUGGCUCAUUUAUAUGAAGAAGUUUAUAAAAAAAGAAAGUAUUUUGAUAGAUCCUUGUGUAAUGAUUAUGAAGAUUGGUUAAAUAAAAUACAAUUUUCAAAAACAGUUUACAUUGGCAAUUUGUCAAUAUAUACAACUGAGCAACAAAUUUAUGAGCAUAUGAGUAAAGCUGGUGAUGUUGAAAAUGUAAUCAUGGGAUUACAUAGAAAAGAAAAAUCUCCAUGCGGUUUUUGUUUUGUGGUUUUUAAAAAAAAAGAAGGAUAUAAUCACGCUGUUAAUUUUCUUAAUAAUUCUAUAUUGGAUGGGAGAAUAAUAAGAGUUGAUGAAGAUUUGGGAAUUAUUGGUAAAAGGAAAUACGGAAGAGGAAAAACUGGUGUUCAAAAAAGAGAUGAAAGAAAUAAAUUUUAUGAUGAAGAUAGACCAAAAGUACUUGAUAAUUUAGCUGAUUACAAUACAACCAAAAAAAGAAAAUUUAACAAUUUUAAUGAAAAUUAUGAUAGAAGCGUUAAACAAAGGAGAUCAACUAAUUAUACUUUAAAUGCUAAUGAUACCAAAAAUAAUAAAUUUGUAAAUUUAAAGCCAGCAGUAACAUUAUAUCCUAAUGUACAACAUUUAAUGAGUUAUAGAAAUAAAAAUGAUAAGUUAUAUAAUUUUCAUGUUAAAAAAGACAAUAAAAGAAAUAUAUGA